CUGUACAAAGCUUGAGUUAUAUUCACGGACCAGCCCUCCCUCAGUUCCUCUCGAAAUCAACGGAACCUCCAAAUGGAAAUCUCACGCGUCUCUUCUCUCCUAGCGGCGUUCGCCAUUUUCGCCGCUCAUCUUCUGCUCUCAUCGGCGACGGCCGCUGAUUUCUCCGGCGACCACAAGCUCCUCUACGUGCCGGCCAAAUCGGAGUGCCGAGGCUCAAUCGCCGAGUGCCUGCUCGCCGGAGACGAUUCCGGCUUCGGAACGGAGUUCGAGAUGGACUCGGAGAUCAAUCGGCGAAUUCUAGCGACUAUGCGGUACAUCAGCUACGGCGCGCUGAAGAGGAACAGCGUUCCUUGCUCCCGCCGCGGCGCGUCUUACUACAACUGCCAGCCCGGAGCUCAGGCGAAUCCUUACAACCGCGGUUGCAGCGCAAUUACUCGCUGCCGGAGCUAAUUUGACCUGAUUUUUUUUUAUCUAGAUUCAUCGUCGUGUUCUAUCGGUUAGUAAUUCGUGUGUUUAUACUGAAUAUACAUGUCGAUUGAGUAAUAAGCUCCAUACUGAUGAUUGAAAAUGUAAUCUACAUCUGUUUCUGAGUCUUCUCUCCAUGAUUUAUUUUCCUUUUUCGUGGCUGAUUCUGGUUAUUUCCAGAAACAUUCGUCCUUGUUUGCAAUCGAUAAUACAGUGGUAGGAACACAGCAUUUGUGUAGUGUAUUUUACAGAUGGAUCUUGCUGAACUCGCAGGGCCAUUAUUUUAGUUCUUUAUUUGUUCAUUUUA